CGGAAGUGCUCUUUGUUGUGUUCGCAUGGCGGUCCAGUGUGACAGCAGCGUGUGUUGACUUAAUUUGUCGCUUUUCAGAGUUUUUUCGAGCUCCGUUGCCGAAUUUUUCUCUUGUUGUCUGACACGGGAGUUGUGGAGAUACCCCGGGUGUUGUGGCCGUUUGUUUGUUUGUUUUGCGUUGUUCUGGGAGGUUUGGAGAUGUGCACCCAGACGAAGGCUGCGGCUCUGAUGAUGAACAUCCCGCAGGCGGACAUAGACCCCUCUGGUGUCUUCAAAUAUGUGUUAAUAAGGGUUCACAGCCGAGAGGAGGGCGACGACUCAGAAGUGGACAUAGUCCGGGGGUACGGCUGGGCGGAGUACCACGCGGAUAUUUAUGACAAGGUUUCUGAGGAGCUGGAAAAGGGUGGACACCUGGACUGUGAGUGUAUCGGAGGAGGACGGAUCAAACACGAUCCAGAGGCCAAGAAGAUCCACGUGUACGGAUACUCCAUGGGAUUUGGGAGAGCCAACCACGCAGUGUCAACGGAAAAGUUGAAGGCGCGGUAUCCAGACUAUGAGGUCACCUGGGCUAAUGAAGGAUACUGAGUCCUCCGUUAGAAGCUGUUUGUCAUGGACGGAUGUAGAACCUAUCCUCAACAGCAGAGUCUCACAUGGAGCUUUGAGAUCCUCCAUAUUAACCGGAGACAAAGACUGAUGCGGUAGCCCAUCCUGGGAUUAACAGGCCUUUUCUUAGGUGAUGUUUUUUUGGUAAAAUGUGUGUAAAAACACAAAACUGCCAUUAGUGUGAAUUUCAGUUCAAUUACAUAGCUUAUACAAGUAAUUAUUAAAGUAAAUUUGGAAUUUCAGUCACCUAAACUCACAUGUGGACCAUGUUUCUCAAUGAAAACAUAUAUGUGAUCAUGAUUUUUAACACAACCAUUAGCACUCUGACUUGUUUUAGAGUCACUUGUCUUCAUUAAGUUGAAUUAAACUGAAAGUUAUCAUUAAAUGCACUGUCCUGUUGUUCAUAUGUUUGUCUUUAAAUGUUCUAAGUUGUUUGGGUUGUUAAAGUGACCUCUCUCCAUGUUCAUCUCACUUUGGACUGAGCUGUGAACCAGUGAUGAACGUAAUGGCUUUAAUGGUUUUAGAAGAUACAAGAAUGAAAGGACAUAAAGACCCAAUAUUGUAUGAAUAUAAACCAUGGGAUUUCAGCUUGGGCUGUUACAGUCUGUUCUUCAGUAUUAGAGAGUACAACACUGACUUUUUGGAGUUUAUUGGAUGAACAUAAAGAUGGUUUGAACAGAGCUUAUAUCAAACUCUUUCACUACAGAUAUUUUGACUUGGUAUGGCAGAUCAGUAUA